AUGACCCAGGACCCCAUCAAGCUCGUCUUGGUGGGUGAUGUUCAUGGUGACUGGGACGAGGACAGUGCGACGGCCGCGCGCCACCUGGAACCGGAUGCCGUCCUCUUCCUCGGCGACUUUGGGAACGAGGAUGUGGCGCUGGUGAGGUCCCUGGCGGCGCUGGACCUUCCAAAGGCCUUCAUCCUCGGCAAUCACGAUGCCAUGUUCUCGCUCAGCGGGAGGGGCAAAGAGUACUACGUCAAGAGGAUUUUGCAGAAGAGCACGCUGGGGCCGUUCUGCAGUGACCCCGGGUCCGGCGCCUCGCCUAACGUGGCCCUCCAGCUGGAGGCUCUGGGGUCCAUGCACUUGGGGUACGCAUCCGCCACCAUGGCCGAUGGCAGGUUGAGCGUCGUGGGUGCCCGCCCCUUCAGUCAGGGCGGCGCCAUGGAUGACCAUGUGACGGACUUCUACCAGCGCCACUACGACGUGGACUCCAUGUCCAUGUCUGCCCAGCGAAUCGUUGAGACCGCUGAACGGCAGCAUGAAGCUGCACCGCACCUGCCCCUGGUGCUCAUCGCGCACAACGGCCCCUCCGGCCUGGGUGGGCGGCCGGAGGACCCCUGCGGCGUCGACUGGAGGCCGGGUGGGGGCGACCACGGCGACGCCGACCUGGAGGCGGCGCUGCGGGAGCUCUGCGCCCGGGGCCGACCCCCCACGCUGGUGGCCUACGGCCACAUGCACGAGGAGCUGCACCACUCGGUGCGCAGGGAGCGGCCCGGGGUCAAACGCGAGCGCGUGGCGGUCGCGCACGGCGCGGUGUUCCUGAACGCCGCGGUGGUGCCGCGCAUCGUGCGCCUGCCGGGGGCGGGGGCGCGGACGCACCACUUUGUCGAGGUGCGGCUGGCGCCGCCCGGCGGCGUGCUCUCCGCCGCAGACGUGCUGGUGGAGGUGGCGCGGGGGGGAGGCGUGCUGGGCGUGCAGCGCCAGCCCCUGCUGACCACCACCGCAGUUGAUGCGGAGGGCGGUGCCCGGCGCACCCGCAUCCUGCACACCAGCACCGGGGAGUGGGAGGACCUGGGCUGA